CGCAAAAUGAAGACUGUCCUGUUGGUGUUUGCAGCUUUGGCUGUCGUUAGUGCGGAAUGGAUCGAAAUCGAUUGGUCCCAGGUUAAGCCGAUCGAGGAAUUCGACCACUACUGGGCUCGCAUUCCGCAGGAAUGGCAGUUUCUACGUAAAUUGACACCAACCCGUAGGAUCACCAAUGGACAGGAAGCCACUGCUGGCCAGUUUCCGUAUCAAAUCGCGCUGCUAAGUACCUUCGCCGGUGGUACCGGUUUGUGCGGAGGAUCCGUUCUGACCAACAACUUCAUCCUGACUGCCGCCCAUUGUGUCCAGAAUGCUCAAGGAGGAACUGCCAUUAUGGGAGCUCACAACCGUAAUAAUGCUGAGGAUACGCAGCAGCGAAUCGCUUUCAGUGCAGCAGGUAUCAGAAUCCACGCAGGAUACACUCCAACCAACAUCAGAAACGAUAUUGCCGUUGUACAGUUGAACAGUGCCAUCACUUUCAACGAUCGUGUCCAGCCAACGCGUAUUCCCGCUGCAGGUGACGGUCGUUUGUUUUCGGGAAUGACCGGAACGGUUUCCGGAUUUGGACGUACCUCCGAUGCGAGCCAGGCUACAUCUGCUGUGGUUAUGUUCACGAGCAACCCAAUCAUGACCGAGGCCGAUUGUCUGUCAAGCUGGGGCAACAACGGUAACAUCAUCCAGGCGCAGAACAUUUGUAUGUCCGGCGAAGGUGGUCGCUCGGCAUGCAACGGAGAUUCCGGUGGUCCGUUGACCGUUCAAGAUGGUGGCUCUCUGCAGGUUGGUAUUGUUUCGUUCGGAUCGGCCGGUGGCUGCUCGAUUGGUAUGCCGUCGGUGUAUGUUCGCGUGACGUUCUUCCGCGAUUGGAUCGUGCAGAAUUCCGAUUUCUCGUAAAAGGUGGGAGUAACGGCGAAUCAACCGUUAGAACAUACAGAACGGAAAAGAGUAUUUAAUGUUGUUAUAAUUGUCGGCGGUUGAACAUAAAAACAGAUUAGAAAAGUUGAA